AUGGAUUUAAUUAACUACUCAACUAUAGCUGCAUCUUUAGUAGGUGCAGGUGUAACAUAUGCUCUUUUAAAAGGUAAAAACAACAAUAAUAGUUCAUGUGGAAUUGAAUUCCCAGAUGUUGCUUUAAAAAGAUGGGAAAAUUUAAACAAUGGUUAUAAAUGGGAACAAUUUUUAGAAGAUAUCAAAGAAUUAGACGAUCCAUCACAAUAUAAGGAGGUAUUAGAUGAAUGUUUAGAAAUUAAAAGAUCUGGUGAACAUUAUAAAUCCUUGAUGUUGUUCAAUAGAGUUUUAACAACAAUUCAAAGAUUAAAAAAUAAUAAAAAUGUUUUAUUUAAUAAAAUCAAUGACUAUAUCGAAGAAAAUAAACCAUUAAGAGUGAUGAGAAGUGAAGCAACCCAAUUAAGAGAUUGUACCAAUGCAUUUCUUAGUGAGGAAGGUGGAUGGAAGGUUGAUAACUAUCUUACCAAUAAUGUAUUAUUCUCCUAUAGAAAUAACGGUAGACAGUUGAAAUCUAGAAAGUUCAUAAAGGUAAUUGAUAAGCCAAUGAAGAAUCUUGCAUGCAGAGCUGAAGAAAUCCAAUUUAUUAAUACUUGGAAAUGGUACCAAACUGGUACUUUAUUGGACAAUGUCGAUGGCACACAAAUAUUGAGUUUUAUCUCAAUUCUUAGCAAAUUCUUUAUUCUUAAUCGUGCUGCUUAUUGUUGGAAAGUUAGUUACUUUUUACCAGAUGGUUCGUUGGUUAUUGCUUAUAACGGCGCUAAUAAUAGACAAGAGGACUAUGACUUGCCACCAUUACCCGAAAAUUUCGCUAAACCAGAUAUUUUUUACCAUGCUUUUCGUUUCAUUCCAUUGACACCCGAAAGAACUAUAGUUAUCUCUGUGUUAUGGAGUAGAAUAUUUGGUUCUCGUGAAUUGGUUUUGAUGGAUGAUAACUCAAACUAUAUAAAAGGUACUGAAUUUGAAGAUUUUGUAAAUACAAAACCAAUCUAUAAACAAAUUGACGAAACUAUUUUAAAUUUAAAAAAGAAACAACAAAAAAAACAAAAUGUUGAAGAAAAUGAAAACUAA